CGUUCGACAACUUCAUGAUGUCUGCAGUCGUAGGAUUGAACUUUGGUACUGGAUACAGCUCUAUAGCUAUAAUCAACAAGAAAGGAUACGCUGAUUGUAUCGCCAACGAAGACGGCCAACGUCAAAUCGCCUCAGCUUUGGCCUUCAACGGAGAAGAAGAAUACGUUGGUAACCAAGCUAAGCCACAAUUGGUACGGAAUAACAAGAACACUAUCCUCGGUUUCAGAAACCUCCUCGGUAGAGAAUACAGCCAGGAUAUUCCACAGUCUGAAUUAAGCGCAAACGUUAUCAACAACAAUGGUACACCUUCAUACAAGGUCACUAUCAAUGGCAAAGAAGAAAUUCUCUCCGUUAAAGAUGUCACCGUAAAGGUUUUACAAUCACUCGCAAACUCCGCUAUCGAGUACGUUGGUAAAGCUAUUGACGGCGCAGUUAUGAGUGUACCACACAAUUGGUCACGCGAGAAGCGUCAAGCUCUUAAAGACGCUGCCAAGGAAGCUAACAUCCCUGUACUUGACUUGAUCGACGAUUGGGCAGCUGGUAUGUCAGCUUACAACGAAGUUUUGGGUGAAUCAGAUGUUAACGUUUUGGUUGUCGAUAUGGGUGAAUACUCAACUUCAGUUACUACAGUCGCUGCUCGUCAAGGUCUUUUCACACCAUUAUCUAACCUCACAGACGACAAAGUUGGUGGUCAACAACUCGACAAAGCUUUAGUUACCCACUUUGCAAAGGAAUUUACAAAGCAAACUAAACUUAACGUUCCAACUGAAUUCAAAACCGAUUUGGAAGAAAGCGACAGACGUGCGCUCGUAAAGUUGACACUCGCAUGUGAACAAACCAAGAGAUCUUUAACUGCAUCAAACUCAGCAGGUAUCGCCAUUGAAUCACUUAAAGACGGUAUCGAUUUCAGCUCACAAGUCAAUAGAUUAAGAUUUGGUAUCCUUGCUUCUAAGACUUUCAAUGCUGUUGGUAGCUUAGCUGAGAAGGCCGUCAAGGAGGCUUCAUUGGAAAUCGAGAACAUUGACAAGAUUGUAUUGAUCGGUGGUUCAUCAUCCUUACCUUCACUCACAAACGUUUUGGGCGGUAUCUUCACUAACGCAGAAAUUUUAUCUUCAGUUGACCCAGAUCAAGCUAUCGCUAAGGGUUCAGCAAUCCAAGCCAAAUUACUCUUCCAACCUGAUGUACCAAAAUUACCAUCAGCUACAACUCAAUUAGACGUUGGUGUCACAUCUGCACCAAUCGUUCUCGCUGGUGAAGGUGAAGAAAAUGCAGUCGUUGUUGCACAAAACACACCAUUACCUGCACGUAGAAUCGUUUCAUUAAACCCACCAAAGGGUGAUAAAGCUUUCAUUGAUUUAUAUGAAGGAAAGCAUGAAAUUAAGGUCGUUCAACCACCACCAAGGGAGAAAUCCGCAGAAGAUGAAGAAUUCAGUGAUGAAGAGGAUGAUGAACCAGAAAGAAUUCCAAUCAUAACACGUACUUCAAAGAUUGCUUCUUUGCAAGUUCCAAUUAAAAACACCAACCCAAUCACUCUUCAACUUAUCGUACUUGAGAAUGCGUCAGUUGAGAUUAGGGCUGAACAACAAGGUCAAGAACCUGUUGCUGCAUCUGUAAAUGCACCAUAAAACUUUUUUUUUCGUAAUUAGAUAUUCUUAUUCAUCAAUUUCAAAUAAUAUUUUACUUGAUUGUGUUGAUGCUAAAGCAUCAUGCAACGCCUUUGUGGCUUCUUCGUCUGUUUGACCUUUCUCGAGUUUAACAAUUUGAUGAGAUGGUUCACGUAAAUUUCCAUUCUCGAUGAGUUUAACAAUCUCACUGAUCAACGUUUUCUUUUCAUCCAUCGUGUGGUCUUUGUACCAGCGUGACAUCCAAAAUCCAACACUUUGUAAAUUCUUAAAUAUGUGUAAACCAGGUGGAAUAGUCAAUGGUUGCUUAGACAUAGCGCCAUAUGUAACAAGAUAUGCGCCUUCACUUAGUGUUUUUACAAUCUCAGUCGUUUCCUUCCCACCAACGCAGUUGAGCGCGAGUUUCAACUCUUUACCUUGUGUCCAACUUUUGAUUGAUUCGCGAGCUUGUUUAGAAUUCUGUGAGAUUUCCUCAUUCGUGAGAACAUGUGUAGCACCCAAAUUUUUCAAUUCAGUUACUAAUUGAUUGGUUUUUUCAGUAGUCUCACGUUCCCUUAUCAAAUUGAUAGUAUGGAUAUUCAUAGCCUUUGCUAUUUGUAUAACUGCAGUACCAACAGCUGAGUUUGAACCAUUUUGUAUAAUGUAAUCACCACUUUUCAAAUUAACGAAAUCUUCGAGCAUUCGUAAAGCAGUUGGUGGAUUUAUUGAUAACGUCGCUCCAUGUACCUUUGAUAAAGCGUUACUUUCAACUUUUAUGAGAUCUUUUGAAGGUAAAACAGCGGAUGAUCUCCAAGUACCGCUCUGUGAAGCACCCAUUACAACCCAAUCAUUGAUAGAGAGAUCUUUUACACUUUCUCCUAUUUCAGUAACCUGCGCCAAUGCUUCAUUUCCACCUAAACGAUAUUCUUCAUUAUCGAUAGUUAUAGUUCUCGCUUUAGCGGGAUACACACCCUGAAUAACGUUUAUAUCGGCUGGGUUUAAAGGUGAUAAUAGAAAUUUUACUUUCACAUCAUUUGACUGUAAAUUUGGUAAUGCGUUGAGAGUUUUUACUUUAAGUACAUCCGCUGGUUGACCAUUACGAGUGUAUGUAAUCGCUCUCGGUGCUAAUCUCAUGAUAGAGAACUUCAUGAUGGAUAGUGAAUAACGUCAUAAAAUCAGAUCACGAAUCUACAAAUAUAUUAAUUAUUAUGCCAUAAAAGUGUCUUUAAUGAAUUCCAAUGAUUGGAAUCUAUGUAAAGGUAUUCCAUAGAAUUUACUAAACCGGAUUGUAGUGUGAACUUCCGCUUAUCGAAAAUGUACAUAACCGAAGCCCAGACGAGUGUAGCGACGAUUGCGAAUGCUUUAUCAUUAGGUGGAUGUGGUUUAUUGUUGUUUAUCGUGUAUUCCGUUGGUUGGCGUGGUAUAAAUGAUGCUACUACCCUUGAUAGUACGUAAAGUAUGAUUUGUUCAUUCACAGGAUUUCUGUCAGAGAAUACUGCGUAUCCACCUACUAAACCAGCGAAGAAUGUGUCCAGAUUACGUGAUUUACCAUUAUUCAUGUACUUUUGUAGUACCAAGAUAGUUUUGUAUAUAGCGACGAACUUGGCUAGAUUGAAUGAGUGUUGCUUUGUUGCUUUAAAUAUAUUCAUUAAUUUAGUCUUUAGGUCGCCUUUACUGAAUAGAAAUGUCAUCACUAGGGCAUGAGGAAAGCGUAUCUUUGCGCCAUAUACAAAUCCAUUACGCGCACCCUUGAGUAUACUCAGCAACGGUUGAUACUUUUUAUUCAAAAUAAUCGCGUUGAUAGCGUUAUCAUCCAUGAUAGUAACUGC